CCUAGAAAACAAAAUAUUUUCAAAAUUUCUUUUGACAAUUUUUCAAAAUUUAUGCUGUUCUGUAUAAAAACCAAGUAACUUCUCAAUAUGAAAUACCUAUUAAUUUCAAAUUCACUUCACAUAAUGUCCUCUUUAAUGCCGUCACAUGAAUAUAAAAAGCCUGGGAUAAAAGUGAGGUUAACUGUCUUAAUGCCAAGUCAAUCCGAAUUAGAAGUAAAAAGUGUUAUGAGUAAGAAACCAGAAUCAAAACCGGGCGAUGGAAUUCGAUCCCUACAAACGUCCAAACUGUUUAGAACGUUAAAUUUUGAGCUGUAUAUGAAACCAAAUGCUGUUAUCAUGGGUUUAGGUUUAGCUUGUAUGGGAGGUGCCCUCGCUUACAUAGCAUACAUGCGUUACCAAUGGGAAUCGAUGGGAUAUUACAGUGCUGUAACUGCCGAUGGCCAAGAAACCUUUUUAAAGAAAAAAUCUAAAUGGGAAUAACAAAUUUUCAAUUAUGUGUGUAAAUAUUAUGUAACAUUUUUUAGCUGAGCCCCCUCCUCGUAGUUAUACUUCCUGCAAAUCAAACUUGUAUUUUCCUAUGCUAUUGAAUAAAAGAUGUCGCCACACACUUUUAAAAUA